AUGGCUUCUGCCCAGAAGUUAAAUAAAAGAAUAUCAACUUUGAAGAACAAGGCUGCCCAGCUAGAAACACUAUGUGAUGUUAAAGUUUGCAUGGUGUGCUUUGGUCAUGAUGGGGAGGUGGUAACAUGGCCAGAGAAUAAGAGAGAGGUUCUUCACUUAAUCAAUGAGGUGAAAGCACCACUCAGUGUGAGAGCAGAACAGAAAGCUAAGCACAAUUGCAACCUCAUUGGUUUCUUGACCAGGAAGAAACAGAAACUGAACAAUAAGGUGGAAAAUAAGAAAGAGAGAAAAAUCAAGCGAGAAGUAAAGAAAAUUAAGGCAUCCAACCAAGACAUUGACAACUUAUUUUCAAGUUGGGAAGCAAAGUUGAGGGAGUUGUCAGACGAGAAGGAACUGGUGUGUUUGUUUGAAUUCUUGGAAUCAAGGUUGGUGAGUUUGAGGGACAAAAUUAGGUUGCUCCAAACCAAGAAUUUUGAAAAAGCAGUUCAAGUUUACAAUGGAGAUAAUACAGAGUCAGACCUAAAUAUUCUUAAUAUACAGAGUUACCAACCAUUAAUGCGUCCUUCUCCUUUGUUAGGUGGUGAAAGCUCCUCUAAUCAACAAGUUUGUGCAGCAGCUGUUGGAAGUAACUCUGAUUUUGGGGUUAAUAUUAAAAAUAAUCUUUUUCUUAAUGGAGGUUUUUCUUCGGGGUAUGGACAUGCAAUUGCAAAUAUGGGUUUGAGGACACAGGAAAAAUUUGGCUUCAGGGAAGAAAGUAUCGACAGUUGUUCAAAUUAUGGCGAAUCCAUGUUUUGCCAAACAUCAACAACUCCGCUGCAUGAAGUUUUGCCCAUCUCAAUGAGGCAACCAUGGCGAUUCUCAAACAAGUCUGCUCAGUGAUGCAAUUUCAAGCAAUUUUCUCAUCCAAGAUCAAGAGCAAAAGGCAGACUCUCUAGU